AUGCCUUUCUGUGCUCGGCGCCUACGGCCUGCCACUGCGGCGACCGCCUGCAGCGCCUCAGAUGCGCCCUCGUUCUCGCCUUCCACUAAGGCGCCAUCUUCGGCUCAGACGGACGCGGAGACGCCAGACUCGGCGGUGCCGCAAAAAGGGGCCCUCGGACCUUCCCCGGAGGGACAGGCUGCAGGCGUCACCUCAGGCAUGGCUUUCAAGGGCCAAGACAGUUUGGCAGAUUCGCGUGGGGGAUGCCCCAGUCGCGAAAGCUGCCGCCUCUCCGUCCAGUCUCCUCUGUCGGGCUUGCGGCAACCUCGCAGGACGGGGAGCCGCGCGAAGGUCCGCGGCUCCUCGAGGGGUGCGACGCCUCGAAAAGGGUGUGCGGAAGGCAGCGCUCUCUCCUCUCUGCAUUCGAAAAACGAGGAUCCCAGCGAGGUGAACUCUAUCGUGACAGCUGAGGCCGCGGCGGUGCGUGAACGGGUGGCGGCAGAGAUGGGGCCAGUGGCCGAAGCUGCGGGAAGACUUUACGACUUGGGGGGUGAAAACAGAGAACGCGCGACCGCAUUCCUCUACAGAGGAUGUGCAGCGCAAGUCGCCACUUCAACUGCAGGCAUGUACGGAGAGAUGGUUGAGAGCUCUGUUCGCCAGGUUGUUCAGUACAUGAGGCACUACGGAGGCGACGAAUUCAGCGUUUUUCUCGACCUGGGAAGUGGCCGAGGCGCGCCCUCAUGCAUUGCCCUCUACCAACAGCCUUGGCUAGCUUGCCUUGGCAUCGAGAAGUGUCCUCAAGCCUAUUCGCUGUCCCUGGAGACGCACUGGACGGUUCUUCGGAGAGAAAUGACCCAGGCAGAGCUCAUUCCCCCUCCUCCGUGUCUGCCUUCUGUCCUUUCCGCUCCACAAAGAUGUGGCACCGAUGCCAGCAGUGGCAAGAGUGCCUACACGGCGGGCGCCGCCGCCGAGGCGACUCUGCAGAGCCCGCAGGCUCGCCAUCCAUCGGGGGCGCUGUGUGGCGGGGGACGUCCAGGCGGAAGAGUGCCUCAGCGGCGUCUGUGUUUCACGCAGGAAGACCUGUCUGCCUUCUACCACUUGGAAGGUGUGACGCAUGUCUACUCUUUCGACGCCGCGAUGGAGGGGCCACUCAUCAACUGGAUCGUGCAGAUGUUCAUGAGAACCAAGACGUGGUAUUUGUACGCGUCGUUCCGAAGCGAUUUGAUUUCAAAGUUCGACUUAAAAGGCGCGUCUCUCGUUGGACAAGUGAGCAGCAGCAUGUGGGUCUCUUCUGAAGGCCGAACAACUUACAUUUACGUCAAAGACAACUGGCGUGAGUGCAAAGCGUAUCACCGGCGGUGGCUCUGUCGCUUUCUUCUCUCCAAUGAGGACUUCUCGUCGAAGACCUCGAGGGGCGGUGCGGCGCUGUCACAGACGCGCAGGGACGCUCAGCCGUCUGCGGCUCCUGCCAAUGUGCAAGAGGCGCAGGAUUUGGCGGCGAAGGUGUUGCAGAUGACAAUUGCGGCGACCUUUCGAGCUCUCUGUGUUCAACAAGAAGCCAUUUGGAGUGAGAUGGAAAAUCGCGAUCAAACGCCUCCUCGGAGUGCGUCUCCGCUCAAAGCGGAACCGGACUGCGGGUCGUCGCUGCGGUCUCUGUCUCCUCUCUCUCCCUCGAGCGAGACGAAAAGCCGGGGAAGAAGUACCAGCAGAAGAAGGGCGAGCAGUGUCAGUGGAGCUAGCAAACACCUGCAACUCCAAACGCUUCAGCUCCAAGCUGCUAUCCAGUGCUGCGCAGAAGACAAGCUACCGCCGUGUCUCCGCGUGGGGGGCCCUGUCUGGGCGACAGAGCAGGAAGAUCUGGACGCGGGUUCAGAUCCGAGCGCGACGGAGAUUGGAGGAAUGCCGCCAGUUGACACAGAAGAAGCCAACCUCGAGACCGAGGAGACCCGCGAGGCCGAGUUUCUGCGUCGAGCUGUGAACACUUUCAAGGCUUCCUUCGUACGCCUGUCGAAGUGGCUGCAGCCGCUGACCGUGUUGGACAUGCUCCGUCUGUCGUUCUUGCCUGGAGAGGGCCAGGCGGCUUGGCUCGAACAACGCCAGCAGCAGCUGACGGGUGGGGGCGUUUUGACGCGGACUCGAAGGCCAACCGCGCGUGGAUUCGAUGAGCAAGAGCGACGGAAAGAGGAGCUGGAGAGAGAUGGGCUCCUGGAGAUCUUGGCGAAAGCUGACGACCCCGAAGAGACAGCGAGAUGUCGUCGAGAACUCGAACAAAGACUUGAAAUGUCGAGGCGAGAGAAUUAUAUCAAAGUGUGCCACGGAGGUGUCCAGAUCGGCAGCGAGUCUCCCCGGCACGCAGCGCUCCGUUCUGGGUCGCGGCCGACGCUCGUCGCCGCACAAGGCAGUGUCGAACUCCCGGCGAAAAUGUGA